ACCGCCUCCCAUGUCCCGCCUCCAUCUCCUCCCGCUCCUCCUCUUCGCCCUCCUCCUCCUCCGCCCCAUCCCGCUCCGCUCCCAGCCGGCCGCCCCCUCCGCGCCGCCGCAAUGCGCGCUCAACUUCACCGCGCUGCGCCCCUUUCUCGCGCCGCCGCCGCCCGCCGACGACGCCUCCCGCUGCGGGGUCGCCAUGCAGGCCGUCACCUUCCUCCUCUCGCUCCACCUCGCCGCCACCUCCUCCUUCGUGCUCCCCGCCGGCGCCUCCUCCUGCCUGGCCCCGCUCCGCGCCGCGCUCACCUACCCGCUCCCUGCCUCGGCCUGCGGCCUCUCGGGCCUCGACGCCGUCCUCGCCGCCCCCGGCUGCGGGAACGUCUCCACGCUCGCGGACUUCGACGCGCUCGUCCCGCCCUCCGCACGCCAGGACAUCGACGCCAGCUGCGACCGCGACCUCUCCGCCGUCCCCGACUGCACCGCCUGCACCACCGCGCUCAGCAAGGCCGCCGCGGCGUACCUCCUGCCUGGAUCCCCCAACACCGGGAACAACAGCGUCACCGGGUGCGUCCAGUACCCGCCCAUCUACGCCGGCGCCAAGGCGAGCCCCCACGGGCCCGCCGACCCGGCCACGGCCUAUUGCCUAUUCCUACUCAAGGCCAACCCUCCUCAAUCCCGGAGCUCUGUUGCCGCCCCCCGGGUGUACGGCGCCGCGUUUGGCUCCCUCGCGGCGGUGCUCCUGCUCGCCGCUGCCGCGGGAUCCUGCUUCGUUGUGAGGCAGAGGCGGGCGCGAGCGGCCGCCGCUGCCCUGGCGGCGGACAGCAGGAGCAAGCGCUCGCAGGCCAUGGAGUCCAUCAGUGCCAGCACCACGCUCGUCAAGUUCUCCUACGAUGAGAUCAAGGCCGCCACAGACGGCUUCUCCAGGGAGAGCAUCAUUGGCCGCGGAGGCUUCGGGAACGUCUACAAGGGAGUGCUGCAUGAUGGUGCCGAAGUGGCGGUCAAGAGAUUCAAGAACUGCUCUGCGGCCGGGGAUGCCGCUUUUGCCCAUGAGGUGGAGGUCGUGGCCAGCGUGCGUCACGUCAACCUGGUCGCGCUCCGCGGGUACUGCAUCGCCACCACGCAGAGGGAGGGCCACCAGCGGAUGAUCGUCUGCGACCUCAUGCAUAAUGGCAGCCUCCAUGACCAUCUGUUCGGUGCCGGAGAGUGCCAGAUGGCGUGGCCAGUGAGGCAGAGGAUUGCGGUCGGAAUGGCAAGGGGCCUGGCUUACCUGCACCGAGGUGCACAGCCAGCCAUUAUUCACAGGGAUAUCAAAGCAAGCAAUAUCUUACUUGAUGAUGAAUUUGAGGCCAAGGUGGCUGAUUUUGGACUGGCCAAGUUUGCGCCGGAGGGGAUGACACAUGUGAGCACAAGGGUUGCCGGAACACUGGGUUAUGUCGCCCCAGAGUAUGCACUAUAUGGCCAAUUGACUGAGAAGAGUGAUGUCUAUAGCUUUGGAGUUGUGCUUCUUGAGCUUCUAAGUGGGAAGAGAGCGUUCAUUUCUCUCGGCGAGGGCCAGAGCUUUGUUCUCACUGAUUGGGCUUGGUCUUUGGUGCGGCGGGGGAAGACAGUGGAGGUGAUCCAAGAAGGAAUGAUUGAGCCUGGUCCAACUGAGGUUAUGGAGAAGUAUGUCCUUGUUGGUGCACUCUGCACACAUCCCCAGCUGCACGCAAGACCGACAAUGGAGCAGGCGCUGAAGAUACUUGAGGCUGAUUCUGCACCAAGUCCGUUAAUUAUUCCGGAGAGGUCAAUCCCUGUUGUUGCAAACCUGGCUGAGAUUGAGAGGUCAGCCAGCAGCAGUGGCUCAGGUCAGCUGUUCAGCCCCUCUGGUUUCCGGUCUUUUAUUCAUACUAACGAGGACGCUGCUCUGGCAUCUCCAAAUGAAACAUGAUCUUAGCCCAUUAGUGAAAGGUUAUUGCUAGAAUUCACUAUGUACCAUAUUUGUUUUUGUUUCAUUGGAUUACACACUACAGGCAACCAUUGUACAUAGCAAUUUGUAGUUUUACUCCCACAGGAAAAGUAAGGUUCUUGUGACAGUUGAAUUCAUUGAAACAUUUUUGUGAUGUUUUUACUCCUAGACAUUUAGCUUUCAACCUGCAGUAGCUAUGUAUCGGGAUUCUGGAUAUGGAGGAUAAGAAAUUUUAAACUUAAAACACCGCCUAAUUAGAGGAGCGAGUGGAUUUAAUAAGGGCACCAAUGUCAUUUUACAGAAAAAAAAUACAAUUGCACUCUUCAAGGGAUGUAGGGAGUAUGUAUCUAGCACCAAGAUCAAUGAAUUAACCAAACAGAAGUAGAAAUAUCAUCAUGGAGUGUUUAUGUUAAGCAUAACAAUUAGCUGUGAUAUAUUUACCAACAUAGUAAUCAAAAUAUUGUUGGGGUAAUCAUUGACUGGCGAGCUCAUUAAUGCUUGAGGGAUGAUUCUCUCUAGUCGAACUGAGUCACAUAUAUCAUAUCUAGAUCAUUUAUAUCUUUCUUACGGGUGAUUCUCGAUCCUGAGGUUCAGUUAGAUGUUUAUCCGUAUUAUUAUAUAUAACUUGCGCUGUCUAUACACUAAGUUUGUUACAGUUGUGCCUUCUGAAUGCUACUGAAGUUUUGUAGAUCCUAAAGGAAGAGCUGCUGUCUAGAUAGAUAGCGUAGCUCAGCAAACACCUAGCGGAACUUUUUAGGCAAGGAUAAUCUUCCUGUGAACACAUGUAACCUAGAAUCCUCCCUCUGUGUGUAUAGGGAGGUGGGGGUGUGGAGUGGUGUCUGUAUGGCUAUUUUGCCUUUUUUCCCUAUCUUAAUGCUUUUUUCCCUAUCUUAAUGCAAUGAUACGCAGCUCUCCUGCGUAUUCGAGAAAA